AUGCAGCACCCGACGCGCCGCUACGCCUACUCGCGCAACGGCGCCCAGGGCCGCGUCGACGAAACGUGCCUCGUGCACGUGCAGAUUGCGACUGUUGACGCGUCGGCCGCGGGCAACGUGCAGUACCACGUGCGCAUGACGAACGUCCGGUCGGGGCAGACGUGGCAAGUGGCGCGCCGCUUCUCGGCGUUCCUCGCGCUGCGCAACGCGCUGCUCGCGUUCUUUGCGUCGACCGACAAGAAGUGUCCUGGCUGCCGCAACUACGAGAAGGUGCUCCAGCGCUUUGAGUUCCCCCGCAAGCACGUGUUCACGAGCGUGACGCCGGCCGUGAUCAACUACCGCAAGAAAGCGCUCGGCAGCUUCACGGCGCUGCUCGCGUCCCACACGUUCACGACGACGCCCAAGUGCCCGACGUGCAGCAGCGUGCCGUUCACCAGUGUGCGCGAUUGGCUGACGGUGGAGACAGUUGAGGCACUACGUACGGGAGCGACAGCACACGCUGGUGCAAGUGGCGGCGUGUCGACGACGCACAACGAGGCGAUAAGGGCGACGAUGAACGUCAAGGACUUUACCGCGUACCACCCGGUGACGACGUCGAUGCCGGUGGACCGAGAGGGCCGCUUUAUUGUGGAAAAGACAGCGCCCAAGCACGUGUCUCCGGUUGCGAGCUUGACGGACGACAUGGAGACGGAGCAGGACAGUGCUCAUUCUUUGCGUUGUCGUGGACAGCAAUGGAUGUCGCGGGAACAGUCACGAGAGCCUCACUUGCGCGAUCACGCCAGCUACGUGUCGAACCGACGUCCACCAUCUCCUCCUGCUGUUGAUGACUUUUUGGUACUGGCACCUGCAGCUAUCGAGGAUGCGCGCAGGAGGGUGACCAAUGAAGAGGAUGGGUUUGAGUCGUUUGUGAUCGCCUCAUCCGCGUCUCUCGAGGCACCGACGACGUGCGAAACGACGGAAUGCUCGGCUCGUGAGCCUGCGACUGGCGAUGACGAUGCUGGUGCUGGCAACGAGACGGCAAGAAAAACGCAUUUCAAGUUUACGCGCAACUCCAUGUGGGCCGACGUCGAGCAGUCACCUUUUCGACCACGCGGUAGCAGCAUGGCCGAUAGCGACGGCUUUGAAGAUCAAGAGGGGGACGAGGAGGAAGGCCUGAACAUGGAUUUCAUGGGAUCUACGCACGCGGCAUCGACCGCUGUCGAGGGUAUGUCAUAUACACUAUAG